AUGUCUAGAGACAUUAACCUCCCGGAUUCUACGAGUUCAGAUAACACGAGGGAACGCAGUGCGCAUCUUCAGGACACAACCGGAGAGAAAACUCAACCUCCUCAAGCCUCAACUGCAGAUGAGGUGACGGAGAUUCCGACGUCCAACGAGGAGGAAACGCCAGUCUAUCCUCAAUCAUGGCGUUUUGCAAUCAUGAUGAUCAGUGCCGGCUCCGCGGCGUUUCUAGUGGGAUAUGACAGUAAUUGUGUCGCGACAAUCAUUCCCGUGCUGGUGGAAGACUUUCAGGCUACAGGAGACUUGGUAUGGUACAGUUCAGCAUAUUUAAUGACAUCGGCCGCCUCCGUUCUGAGCCUGGGCAAGGUCUAUGAUCUGUACCCAUUCAAGGCCAUAUUUGCCAUCAUGUUAGGAAUCUUCUUGGUUGGCUCAGUCAUAUGCACCGUGGCACAUACGUCUGUGACAUUUAUCAUCGGACGCGCCAUCACCGGAUUGGCCAGUGCCGGUAUUCUCUCGGGCAUGAACAUAUUAGUGUCUCGCAUAUGCUCUCUCGAAAGACGACCAUUUUGGCAAGGCGUUGUGGGGAUGGCAGAAUGCGUGGCUAUCUGUGCUGGACCCCUCAUUGGAGGUGUUCUGGCGGAAUACGGAGGAUGGAGAGCUUGCUUCUAUGUGACGAUCCCCAUUGCGGUGCUCAGUCUGGUCCUGGUUCUGCUUCUCUUCAAAGACGUCCAAAGACCAACUAAAGCAGGACUCAGUCUCUCGGAGAAACUGGCCGAAUGUGACCCUGUCGGCGCCGCACUUCUCGUGCCAACGAUCAUCUGUCUCAUUCUGGCGCUGGAAUGGGCGGGGACAUUUUACAACUGGUCCAACUUUCGUGUGCUUCUUCCACUUCUUCUCGCUGCCGGUCUGGCUGGAGCUUUCAUCGCGUGUGAGCUUUGGCGAGGUGACAAGGCGACACUGGAUCUCAAGUUGCUCCUUUCGCGAACCACAGCAGGCUGUAUAUUGUACUCGGGCUUCAUGGCCGCUAGUCUGUACAUUAUCGCCUAUUAUAUUCCUCUGUGGUUUCAAACGGCACGAGAAAAGACCCCUUUAGCCUCCGGUGUCUCAACAUUACCCAUGGUGAUCGGUCUCUCGCUUGCCCUUUUCCUCUCGGGGUCUUUUACCUCAUGGAUCGGAUACUAUACACCCGCUCUGAUCCUUGGCAGCUGUCUGCUGUCUGUGGGCACCGGGCUAUUGACCACCCUCACUUUGGAGACUUCCACAGUCAAAUGGGCUGCAUAUCAAGCAAUCUAUGGAGUUGGCUGUGGCAUUGGCUGGCAAGCCCCGUAUAUUGCAAUCCAAACUGUGCUGCCGACUGAAUCAAUCACGGGUGGAAUUGUCCUCGUGGUAUUUUCGUUCACGAUCGGGGGUAUUGUGUCCAUGGCCGUUGGCCAGAAUAUCUACCUGACGCAGCUCGUUCAUUCCAUUCGUCCAAUUGAUCCAAGUAUCACCACGCAAGAGAUCAACAAACAGGGUCUCACUGGGCUCAUCCAACUCCUCGGCCCGGCCUCAAAGGAACAGCUAUUGCAAGCCUACAAUGACGCGGUCAUCAAGGUGCUCUAUAGCGCUGUGGCCGUGGCUUGUGCUUCGCUGGUGUGUGCUCUCUGCAUUGAGGUGAAAAGUGUCAAGGGGAAAAAGAAAGAAGACGCUGUGCAACUCCCGCAGGCGGAACCUGAACGCGUUGGAGUUGUGGAAAAAUAA